CCCGCUGCGGCUGGAGCCUCCGCACGUCAUGUCCCUGCUGCGCCUCUGGACCCUACGGGUCCUUCUCACGUGGCAAUCGUUGUGGCUGCUGGCCCAGGCAGCUCCGCUUCUGGAGUGGGCCCGGUACCUGGUCCCGCUGACCUCUGAACCCCCAGGACCCACCGGGCCCUGGUCUUCCCGCUCCUCUGAUCUCCCACUUGAAUCGCCCCACGCACUUCCACCCUCGGCAGACCCCAAGGGCUUUGCUUAUCUGGGGUCCUCUGCUUCUUCCCAGAUGUUGGCCCCGCCUCAGGAGUUGCCUGAGACUUUGGCUCCAUUCCUGGACACGCAUUCAGCUCAAGAGCUGCCUGCAAGGCCAGAUCCAUUUGCUCUUCCACAUCGGGAUCUCAAUGACAAGCUGACUCGACAUCGAAGGCCCCCGGAGGUGGUUCCAGUGCCAGGUUGGGAUCAGACUCGAGUCCUAGCUCUGCCUUGUAAACUCAGAAGUAAGAUUCAAGCUGUAAGUCUAGAUCAGGCUGCACAACACCAGGCAUUGGAAAUACUUGUUCCACCUCUAGAUAGUCAGAGUUCAAAACCAACCAAGUUUAUUAUUUGACCAAAGAACCUAAAGAAAAGUCUAGCUCAGUAUCGACGGCUUGCUAAGGUGGUUGUUGGAACUUCAAAUCCAUUUGCAUCAAAACCUCAGCAUCAAAAAUCAGCUCUAUGGGAUGAUGAUUAUCUAGAUCAAAGUAAUAUAGUUUAUCCUGGUGGCCUACUUCUGUAAUUCCCAGAGAACUUCGGUGAGCCUCCAAGACCCCCUGAACUUUCUCAAUUCCAUCUAGAGGAUGAAACUCAAACUCCAGAGACCGCUGAGGAGAUCUAAUCUUCUUCAUUCCAGCAAGAAGCCCAAGAAUAAUCCCCUGAGGAGGGAGAAUCGUCUUCAACCCAACAGAAGGUACCACCUCAGCCUCCACAGCCUCCUGAGCAGGUUGAACUUUCUUCAACAUAGCAGGAGGCCCCAGGUAAACAGCUACCUGAU